GACAAGCGCUUUGUGUUCCUGGUUUUUAGUUGGCGAUCGUGAUCCUCGGGCCGGCAGUAGUAGAACGAUCCGCCUCCCCAACGCAAAAGCGCCGCCGGAAUCGAUGAAGCUUCUUCCGGCCGCCCUCGGCCUUGUCCUCAUCCUCCUCCUCGUUCUGAAUCCCAAUGGCGUGGAGGCCCGGCCUGCGCCUACCGGCGGCCAUGAGAAGAAGGCGUCGAGCGCCACCUUCUUCGUGUUCGGGGAUGACUUCGCCGACAACGGGAACCUCCCUCUGAUCCACCCCGUCAUAGAGAUGUCGCGGCAAUGGGCCUACCCCUACGGCUCCAACUACAUCGAUGCCGAUGGGUUUCCGCGGCCGAACACUCCGUCCGGCCGCUUCUCAAACUACAAAAUCCAGUCGGAUUUCAUAGCAACAAUGCUGGGAUUGGAGGAAGCCCCUCCGGCGCAUGCCCGCAUGGCCGAGAAAACCUGCGACCCAUCCGGCAUGACCUUUGCUACCGGUGGUGCAGGCGUGUUGGACGGUACAUCACACGAGGUCCCCGCCCUCGCCAAGCAGGUUAACACUUUCCGGAAGAUGGUCAAGGACGGGACCAUCACGGAGAAUCAACUGAGUCGCUCUGUAGCGCUCGUGGCCUUCUCCGGUAAUGACUAUGCAAGCACCGGCGUCAUCGGCCUAAGUAGCCCCAACGAUAUUAAUGCUUAUAUUGGAAAGGUGACAAAAGAGAUUGCAGCUAAUGUGGAUCAAUUGUUGAAGCUUGGGGUGACAAAGGUUCUUGUCAAUAACUUGCAACCUAUCGGUUGCACGCCAUCACACACCCGAACCAACAACUACACCACACGUGAUAUUUUUGGAAACCUGGGUGCAUCCAUCCACAAUGAUAAUCUGAAACAAGUUAUGACAUCAAAGAAGAAUGUCUACAUCAUCGACGUGUACACAGCCUUUGUUAAUAUUGUGGAUCAUAUGGCAGGUAAAGGCUCAGAGUUGUCCAAACAAUUCAAGCGCAAACUAUCGCCGUGCUGCAAGAGUUUGAACUCGAAGGGUUACUGCGGACAGCAAGAUGAGUCAUCCGCGGAGUUUCUGUACACUGUGUGCGACAAGCCCAACAAAUUUUUCUAUUGGGACGACAUGCACCCAACACACGCAGGAUGGGAAGCUAUCAUGAAACAACUGGAAAAACCCUUGAAGGUGUUUGUAAAUCAAGACUAGGUACCCAGGUUUCAUAUGUCGUUAUAGCGCUUUUUGUAGAUGAUGACAAUAUUCUGAUUGUAUUUGUUCGAUAGUUUUAAGCAUUUCAAAGACUACUUUCUGGGUUUGA